AUGGCCAUUCCCGAUUCUAAUUCCGCCGCUACACCGAACAGGCCCUAUCCGCACAUUGAGGACUUGAAAGAGAAGGCCAAGAUCAGCGCUGUCGACAAGAAUCAAUCUCUGAACCACUUACUCGCUGAGGCCGCCACCGCCGUGAAACAAGCCCAAAGUCUUGUCGAAUACCGCCGUCCUGAUCUUGCCUAUGUCGAAUACCUGAGAGCCUUUGAGAUUGCUGUCGCUAUCAUCCCACAACAUGAACAAUACCCCAUCCUAAGCAGCCGCCGAGGCUCUCAGUUCAACCAGCACCAGUCCAUACUCCGCAACAUCAGUCAACUCGCCGACCGCUUCGACAAGAUCAAGGAAAUCAUCAUCAAUGACAACAGGCGAAAUUCAACCCAGAAGGCUUCCGACUUGCCUGUGCGCCGUUCUUCAAUCCAGUCCUCCUCUCCUGUCUCUACCAAUGGCAAUGCCGCCCUCGCUGAUCGUUUCGCCAAAUUGCGCAUGCAACCCGCUUCGGUGGAUACCUCUCUCGCGAGCAGGCGACUCGACUCUCGUUCCUCCCUCGCAUCCAGCAAUGGCUCCAUCACGUCACCUACAUCCUACAGCAACCGCUCCUCGCUCGACUUCUCCAACUCCUCGUUCGCAAAUGGCUCCUCGAUCAGGCCAGUCGGCCCGCGACAGAUGCCUAAUGGUGCCCCAGGUCACCCAUUCGCGAACCGGAUGACACUCGACACAUCCGUCACAGAUGCCUUGCCGAUGGCCCCAGCUCCUGCCUAUAGUCCAGCUCGCAACAUGAACACCCCAAGCCACAUUGUCCCUCCAAGGACUACUGCCCGUAGUAUGGUCGGAUCAGGUGGAAGGAACAAUUCUGUCGCCUCAUCUGCUUCGACUUACGCCCCGGGGAACGAGGGAGAAGAAUCCGCCGGCUAUUUUCCUCGUAUGUCACUAGACCGGCCACCAGCAGGUCCACCUCGACGAAAGUCCAUACACCGUCCGACAGAAUUGCGCAUUGGACCUGAACGACUUUACGACUAUCUGAGANNAAUGCACAGCGUCUUGCUGAUUGAUGUUCGAAAUCGGCAAGACUUUGACGAAGGCCAUAUAUAUGCUCAGUCCAUCAUCUGCAUUGAGCCAGCUGCACUGGAACCCAACAUGUCUGCUGAACAGCUCGAAGACGCGCUCAUUCUGUCGCCAGACGCAGAACAAACCAUGUUCUACAACCGACACAAGUAUGAUAUCGUUGUCUACUACGAUCACAACAUCUCCUCAGAAAGCUUCAUUCACCGCCCGACGUCGGAAAGAGAAAGAUACCUCAAAUACUUAUACGAUGCCCUUUACGAGUUCAAUUCAGAAAAGCCUCUACAACGACCGCCAAUUUUGUUGAUGGGUGGCAUCGAAGGAUGGGCAGAGUUGGUGGGUGAUCAAGCAUUNAAAAGAACAAACACUGUCGCACAACAGAAAUCUGGCCGUCCAAUCAGAAGGGUACCGGUGGCUAGCAAGGAGUCAAGAUUGUACGUCCCCAAGAAGCGACUUCGAGAUUACAAUCCGCUUGAUGCCGAAGAAGAGAGAAAAUGGCACGAGAGGGCUCGCGUCGAGAGUGUGGUCGUUGAACGAAAACCAUCCCUAGACGAAGGUGACGAAUCGUGGCAGGCUGAGAAUGGCACGCCAUCGUAUCAAUCCAUUGAAGAGUUUGUCCGACGAUUUCCAGAAGCUGGUUCCCUCGAGCAGCGAUAUGGAGUCCAGGAACAUCCUGCAUCCUUACUUCCGGCACGACCACAGCAGGUACCGUCAUACCCGACUCCUCCGCCAAAGUCAGCGAUGCCCUCAAUUCCAUCACGGCCGGUUCCUGCUGCAGCGCGGGUGUCAUAUAGCGGUGUCAGUGAUCAUCGUGCUGUUUCAGCUCAAAGCACUGGCUCUACAUCUACAGAUCUCCCACCAUAUGUUCCUCCGAAGUACUUACCUUCCAACCUUCGACUACCACGAACAGGUCUCGUCAACUUUGGCGUUACCUGUUACAUGAAUGCUACGAUUCAAGCUCUCUCCGCGACAACUCCUCUGACACUCUUUUUCCUCGAUGACAGAUUCAAGACUCUGGUCCAACGAGACAAUUGGAAAGGCAGCAAAGGUGUGUUGCCCGAGUUGUACGCAAAUUUGAUCAGAAGCAUUUGGAAAGGAGAUGUUGAAGCUAUUCGUCCAAGCACACUGCGGUCGUUCUGUGCUCGUCUAAACAGCGAGUGGGGUAUUGAUCGUCAACAAGAUGCGAAAGAGUUCUUUGACUUCUUGGUGGAUUGUCUACAUGAAGAUUUGAACAAGAAUUGGGCGAAAACGCCGCUCAAAGCCUUGACAGCGGACCAAGAAGCUACACGCGAGAAGAUGCCCAAGCCGAUAGUCUGUCGAACCGAGUGGGGCAGAUACACACAUCGCGAGCAGUCUUAUCUCACACAGCUCUUUGGUGGUCAACAUGCCUCUCGCCUACGAUGCACGACUUGUCACUUCACAUCCACUACCUAUGAAGCAUUCUACAGCAUAUCGGUGGAGAUACCACGUUCUGGUGUUUCUAGCAUUCAGGACUGCCUGAGGUCGUAUUGCGCAGAGGAAAGACUGUCUGGCGAUGAAGUCUGGAAAUGUCCACGCUGCAAUCGCGAACGCGAGGCUACAAAACAAAUCACCAUCACUCGGGCUCCGCAAUUCCUUGUUGUCCAUUUCAAACGAUUCAGCGCUGGUAGAGGCGAAUCUGCUCGCAAAGUCCGCACGCCAAUCGAUUUCCCUCUCAAGAACCUGAAUAUGUCACCGUACAUGCUACCAUCGCCGACCGAGCAAGACGUUCAUCUUAUCACAAAACAAUACGGUGCUGAUGCGUUGAAGCCUGAUCCCACCAUGUCACCGCCAUAUUUAUACGACGCAUACGCAGUCAUGAGACAUAUUGGCACCACACUCACCUCUGGCCAUUACACAUGUCUUGCCAAGGACAGAGCGAGGAACUGCUGGAGACAAUUCAACGAUACUUGGGUUGGUGACUUUGAUCCCGAGAGGUUGAGUGAGCGCGACCGUCUGCAGAACGAGAUGGCAUAUAUAGUAUUUUAUGAGCGAAAAGCGGGAAAUUGA